UCCGCGUGCCGCAUUCGUCUUAGCUCCGUUGACCCGACAGCAUCGCAAACAACGCAACAACAACAACUCUUCGUAAUCAUCAUCGUCGCCGCUGCUGCUGAUUCGAUUUUUUUUUGCGUUGAGAACAGCACCAACACGCAUACAUAAGUAUAUAAUUUAUCGAGAUUUACGCGAGUGAUUUUUGAGGAAUACAUAGUGUCGAUAAAAAGGCUACGGAGAGAUACAAAAGUUUCUUCGCGCGCCGCUAUAUAAGACCGCGAAACGACGAGUGGUCUCCUGCACACACAUACCGAUGGACAAAUAUCGACUUUCAGAGAAAUAAAUUUCACCGAAUCGCAGUCGCACGAAGGCACGAACGAUCAUGCAACAUAAAAUCGUCCUCUGCUGUCUCGUACUCCUAGUGGCUACCGCCUUGACCGUCCAGGCUCUACCUUACACCCGAGCGAGGCUCAUGUGGAACCAGUUUCAGGAAGAUUUUCCGGAGGCCGCACAGGAGCUCGAGGACAGAAUCGAAAAUAUGGCCCUCUUCGUACAGGAUAACAACGAUUAUUACGACGAAUUUAACAAUAAACGUUAUGUCAGCGCCAAGCGUGGACUGGACCUCGGGCUGAAUCGGGGCUUCAGCGGCAGCCAAGCCGCCAAGCACCUGAUGGGCCUGGCGGCGGCCAAUUACGCGGGCGGACCAGGGCGAAGGCGUCGCAGCGAGCAGGCGAGUCGAGCUGCCUCUGUCGCGGCGCAGGUCGUGGUGCCGGGCAACGAGCAGGUGUAAACGUCCUACGCGGGAUCCGGGCGGACGACAAGACGAGAUGGAAGCCGCCUGUACUCCUCCUAUACUCCAUCCCCCGAUGACGAUGACGACGACGGCGACGAGAGAUUAUUUAUGGCAUCAUUUCAGCACUUAAUAUUAGACGUGUAAUCAAAUGCUCCAGUAUCCCUUCCCCCAAAUAUAACAAACACAGCAGCAGCAAACAAACCUUACUACUAUUGAUAGAGAAAAUAAAAAUCAAUGUCGCGACUAAUACAUUAUUAUGGUAUACCAAACUUACAAAUCAAUUCUAAUGGAUACUUAUUGAGAAUAACACACGUUACAUCAUUAUAGACCCAUAUACCCUAUAUAGAUAUGAAAUAAUCUCAAACUUGAAAAAAAAAAUUAAUGGAAAAAAAGCUCUUGUACCUGCGUGUGAGAUGUAAAAUAAAAAAUGGUGCAAUUAAUUAACGAUGAUUUAUUUAUGUAUGAUUUCGCAAUAUAAUGUUAUGUAAAGUAAAUGACUGAUAUAUUAUGCUCAUUGAUUUUCGAAAUUCGCGUAGGAUGUUUGGUUUUUUUCAAGUAGAUAUUAUUUCAUUAUAAACAUUUGAAAAAGAAAAAGAAUAUAAGAAUGAUAUUAUAUUAAUAUAAAACAGAAAAAUGAAUGUUGAAGCGUGAUAGUGUAAAGUUUAAUGAUGUUUUUCGCUCUACAUGCAUUGUGUCACGAUAUAGUAUAUAAAAUAGAGUUUAUCCAUUAACUAUAGAUGAUGUAUUUAGCCGAACAAAAGUAAAUUGUUUAGGACUUAACUCAUAGUAAUAAUAUGUUGUACAUUGUUCAUUUCAUUUGUUUUGGCAUAAAACCCAGAUUAUUUAUUAUAUGUGCACUCUGAUUUCAUUUAAUUUUGGAAACGACGCUCGAUCGUCGCAUUCAUUUAUUUUUUUAAGUAUACUAAUAUAUUACAAAAGAGAAUCGAUAAUCGUAAUUAUAAUAGUUGGGAAUUUUGCAAGUCAAAAUCACUCGUGCUAGAUUAGAAAAAAAAUAGCAAAACGUAUUUAUGUAAUCUCCCACCCAAGCGCGUUGAAAAAUAUAUAUGCAAAUAUAUAUAUUUUCAAUGACGAUUUUAAUGAGCUACAAGACUUUACCGUGUUUAUCGCACUCGAUCAAAAAGUACACACUAUCUGACGACGUAUGCUACAAUAAACGACGCUUGUAGAGUAGAUAGCAUAAAUAUAGAAUAGGGUGUCACUAAGUUCCCAAUUUGCAUUGAAAUCCGCUUUCAAGAUUUCAAAAGUUUCUUUGGACCUCAAAUUAGAAAAUUCAUUAUUACUAAUCUUUUAUUUAUGAAUCAUUCAAUCGUUUUUGUAGUCAAAAGCUUCCGCUCCCUUCAUAAGUUUGCGCUAUACAAGAAAACUAGUUAAUUGGCAUUAUAUCAAAAAUAAGACAUUAAAUUGGAUCAAAAUAAACUGCUUUUACUAUCGAUUGUGAUAAUGAUAAAGUCUGAAAAGCUUAUUUUGCAAUUAUCAUUAAACAUAUUUUUAAUCUUUGCACUUCUAAACUCAAAAACAAAUGACUUAAACAAAAAAAGACCAAGAUUAAAAGUCUUGAGAAUCAUUCAAAACUAUAUGCGUGAAUAUUUUAAAAUUCAUUGAGGAUUUUUUUGAAAAAUGAGCAUGGCCUGUCAGGAGUACAAAGAUAGUUUAAUAAUUACAUAUAAAGGGUCGCAAGCAAAAUUUUUUUGAUGUCUAUAAACUUAUAAAAGCUUGGAAGCAAAGUUUUUGGAAACUUGGGAACAAAGUGAUGCUCUAAUAUACAAUUAUUUAAAGGGAUAGGACUAAGCUGAGGAGAAAACUUCAAUAUUAAAAAUAUAAUCGUACAUGGCGAUAGAUUUUUCAAUCGAUAUGUAUAAAAUGUUACUUUAAUUUAAUAAUUUCCAAAGAAAUUGAUAAAAAAGUAUUUUUUUAUUCAUUUAUUUUGAUUACAUUGUACGUGGUAUCCAUUGGAGCUAUUUUUUAUUACAAUAAUUUUUAAAAAUAUUAUGGCUUCUGUUGCAAUGGAUCAUUUUUUCGAAUCCUUGACCCA